UCACUUCCUGGUUAAGACAACACGUAGCAUCAGUGUGGCGUUUGUACGGAGAAAGCUUCAAACGUCGACUUUACUGAAUUAUUUUCUGUAUCUGUGUCCGGUAAUCUCUUUUAAUGUGAGACGUAUUCGUUUAGCUCCAGUAUAAUGAAGCCACACCGACGUAACCUGCUAUGUUUAGCCUCUUUUGUAGGCUAGGCUAGUUGAUCGAGCUAACAUAGACAGGACUAACCGGUGUUGUUUACAAUUGUUCAAUCAUGUAUACAUUGUUAUCUGGAUUGUAUAAAUACAUGUUCCAAAAGGACGAAUACUGCAUUUUAAUCCUGGGACUGGACAAUGCUGGUAAAACGACCUUUUUGGAACAAACCAAAACGAAGUUCAGUAAGAACUACAAGGGAAUGAGUUUAUCAAAGAUCACAACUACAGUUGGCCUGAACAUUGGCACAAUCGACGUGGGUAAGGCUCGACUAAUGUUCUGGGAUCUGGGAGGUCAGGAGGAGCUCCAGUCUCUGUGGGACAAAUACUAUGCAGAGUCCCAUGGAGUCAUCUAUGUUAUCGAUUCAACUGAUGAAGAACGCCUGUCGGAAUCAAAGGAGGCCUUUGAGAAAAUGAUCAGCAAUGAUGCAUUAGAAGGUGUUCCUCUCCUGGUGCUGGCCAACAAGCAGGAUGUUCCGGACUGUAUGUCAGUGCCGGACAUUAAAACAGCCUUCAGCGACUGUGCCCCAAAGAUUGGCAAGAGGGACUGUUUAGUGCAGCCUUGUACUGCCCUCACAGGGGACGGAGUGAACGAAGGUAUUGAGUGGAUGGUGAAAUGUGUGAUCAGGAACAUUCACAGGCCUCCCCGACAGAAGGACAUCACAUAAGAAGUCAUCUUUUCCAUAGUGUGACCUGAAGUUUUUCCUUCCCGAGGACAUUCCAUGUAAACUCUGCUGUCUGCUGUGACUGUGAUCUUCUGCAGGAGUUUGUUAUGGACAGAACGUGGCAGUAUUUUUAUCAUGGAGCUAAAUUCUGAUGUGCUCUGAGCCGCUGCCUGUCUUUUACACUUGUUUUCAAUUUGAAGAGGGUAGUUCUCUGUUCUCAGUAUCAAAUUAACUUAAGCCUGCAUUUAAAAAAAACAAAAACUAAUAAAGGUAUUGCAGAUACUGUGCAAAUAAACUUUUUGUUUUUUUUAACAGUGUUCUGCUUCACAUGGGGACACGGGCAUCAUAGAGCUCUGACUGGUUAAAGGACUAUUCUAUAUUUUCUGUAUUAUAUUGUAUUGAAAUCAAUUAAGUCUGUAUCUUUUUGAGACAUUGCUUUAACUUCAACCUUAUCUGUGGCUCUCAGCUCCCAGCCCAUCGGUUCCCACUGAAGAUGUAAAUCUCUGUAAAAAAAUAAAUAAAUCAUUUACUCAA